CUUGGCUUUUCACACCCUCAAAAGCUAUUCUAGUUUCCCCUUGUUUGUUCCCAAAUUACUGUUCAACUUAUUUUGGUAACAAGAACCGAAUUUAUUUGAUUUAUUAUUUAAAUUUAUGAGACAUUUAUCCAUUAGUUAUUGUGCUUGGCUGAAUAGCUAGCUCCGGGACUGGUGCACCCAAUGGGCGGUCUCCACUGUAAAUGGCGGUUCCCCAACACCCGCUUUAACCGUCAUUUGUGUCGUCUACCCUCCUCCCCUCCAUUUCCACCACCAUUCUCAACAAACACUCCACUACUAUUCUCUCCAUUAUCACAACCCAAAAUCACUACCAACGACAGAACUGCUGGUGUUGGGUUUACAGCAACAAACACUAGAAGUAGAAGUAGAGUUCUAAGUCUCAGACCUCUGUUCUCCCUCCCUCAAAAUCAACAAACCCAACAAGUACAAGAAGACAACGAACCAAACAAUGAAGAAGAAGAAGAAGAAGAUGAGGACAUUUCCCAAGGCCGUGGCAAUGGGAACUGGACAAUAGUACUAUCAUCCAGCUUGGUUGGUCUCCUCACCGGCCUCGGUGUCGUUCUCUUCAACUACUCAGUGCAUGAGAUAAGAGAGGUGUUUUGGGAUGGGAUACCUCAAAGAGGAGCUUCAUGGCUGAGAGAGGAGCCCAUUACUGAUAUGUGGCAGCGAGUGAUUUUGGUUCCGGCUUCCGGGGGUUUGAUUGUGGCCAUUUUGAAUGUGCUUAGAGGUGCAUUGGAUGAUGAACAAGGAGAAGAGAAUGAAGAAGAAGAGAAUGUAUUGGUGAAAAUGGGAAUGCCCGUUUCGGUUUUUGAUAGCUUGAAGGCUGCGUCACGUCCAUUUCUUAAGGCUGUUGCUGCUUGUGUCACUCUGGGAACUGGGAAUUCUUUAGGUCCGGAAGGGCCUAGUGUUGAGAUUGGGACCUCCAUUGCCAGAGGUGUAGGUUCUGUGUUUGAUAGAAGUUCGCAGAGAAAGCUCUCUCUUGUGGCUGCUGGAUCAGCUGCUGGAAUUGCUUCUGGAUUCAAUGCUGCUGUUUCGGGAUGCUUCUUUGCGGUAGAGUCUGUCCUAUGGCCAUCACCAGCGGAUUCUUCUUCUUCAUCUGUUUCACUUACAAAUACCACUUCUAUGGUCAUUCUCAGUGCAGUGAUAGCUUCUGUUGUUACACAAGUUGGUCUUGGUUCUGAACCAGCAUUCAAGGUCCCAGGCUAUGACUUCCGCUCACCUAGUGAGCUACCACUGUAUCUACUUCUGGGAAUUUUAUGUGGCUUGGUUUCGUUAACGUUUUCCAAGUGCACAUCAUACAUGUUGUUAUUCGUUGACAACCUUCAGAAGGCCACUGCCCUGCCAAGAAGUUCGUUUCCUAUACUAGGAGGCUUAGCAGUCGGGCUUAUAGCAUUGGCAUAUCCUGAAAUCCUUUAUUGGGGAUUUGAGAAUGUUGACAUUUUGCUAGAAUCUCAACCAUUUGUGAAAGGCCUCUCAGCUGAUCUCCUGGUUCAGCUGGUAGUGGUUAAGAUAGGUGCAACCUCUUUGUGCCGCGCCUCUGGGUUAGUUGGAGGCUACUAUGCUCCAUCACUCUUCAUUGGUGCAGCAACAGGAAUGGCAUAUGGGAAAUUCAUUGGCUCCGCAGUUGCUCAGUCCAAUCCCAUACUUCACCUCUCCUACUUGGAAGUAGCAUCACCACAAGCAUAUGGACUGGUUGGAAUGGCUGCUACUCUUGCAGGAGUGUGCCAGGUACCUCUUACGGCAGUGCUGCUGCUUUUUGAAUUGACACAAGAUUAUCGAAUUGUUCUACCACUGCUUGGAGCUGUAGGGUUAUCUUCAUGGGUUACAUCUGGACAGACAAGAAGAAAAGAUGCCUCAAAGAGUAAAACACUGUUACAGGGAAAAACUAGUGCCAUUCAACAACCUGAAGUACGUUUCCCUAGUGUGAGUGGGCUAUCUUCUAGAAAAGCCUUCACCGAAAGUGCAUCUAACAUGAGUGACCUUUGUGAAAUGGAAAGCUCACUCUGCAUAGAUGAUUUUGAUAUUGAUACGGAAAAGUUAGAAAAGAGAAUACUCGUUUCAGAAGCCAUGAGAACAAGAUACGUGACUGUUUUGAUGAACACGUUGCUUACAGAAGCAGUGGCUUUAAUGCUUGCAGAAAAGCAGCCCUGUGCCAUGAUUGUUGAUAGUGAUCAGAUUCUAAUUGGUUUACUGACACUGGAAGACAUUCAAAAGUUCAGCAAUAAAUACGCAAAAUCAAGAAGACAACAACCCAAGGAACUUAUAGUAUGUGAAAUGUGUUCUUCUGAUGGGGAAGUAUGCAAAGUACCAUGGACUGCUACACCCAGUAUGGAUCUAUUUUCUGCUCAAAAUAUCAUGAAUAGAUACGAAGUGAAUCAAAUUCCAGUUGUUACAGAGCAUUCUCAGGAUCAGAGAGGGCACCUAGUUGGCCUUUUAGACAGAGAGUGUAUAAGCCUAACUUGCAGGGCUCUAGCAACCAGAGAAUCCCUCUGCUAGUCAUCAACACUAGAUGGCAUAUUUUGUGUAGAUAAAUCAGAAUACUCAUCACAGUUUUUUCACACUUUUGAUAAUACUGUCUCAACCUACCAUGGAACGUACAAUUCAGGCGUCCACCUGGUUGCUGCUUCAGAGCACCUCAGCCCACACGUCUUUCAUUUGGCUUUCAAUUGCUCAAACGCAAUCGAAGUCUGGAAUCUACACCAACUACCAAAUGUACAUGCAACUGAGGAAGAGUAAAGAUUCAUGACAACGUAUACAAAGUCAUUGGAAUAACCAAUUGGGUUCCUUUUAACAUUUUGCUUUGUAAUUAGGCCACAACAGAAAUGAACCUCAUACAGACUCUUACCGCACUGUAUUUGUGUGAUUGCACAUACAGGAAGAUUCAUCUCCUUGAUGAGUAAAGAUACAAAUUAGGCACCAAAAGGAUAUAGAAGUCUUUA